GCCAUCUAGAGCCGACUCCUAUGCGGGUAUUUUCUUAAACUUUUCGCAAGAAUACAUCGAUUAUUACAGCAAGAAUGGACAACACCGGGAAAGAAAAGGAAGCGAUCCAGUUGAUGGCUGAUGCCGACAAAAAAGUCAAGUCCUCUGGAUCUUUCUUAGGAGGGAUGUUUGGAGGUGGACCACACAAAGUGGAGGAGGCGUGCGAGAUGUACUGCAGAGCAGCCAACAUGUUCAAGAUGGCAAAGAACUGGAAUGGUGCUGGAAAUGCAUUCUGCAAAGCCGCUCGUCUCCACCUGCAGCUCCAAAACAAACAUGACUGUGCCACCAGUUUCAUUGAUGCAGGAAAUGCUUUCAAAAAGUCAGACCCAAAUGAGGCAAUCAAGUGUUUAAAUGCAGCCAUCGACAUUUACACAGACAUGGGACGGUUCACCAUUGCUGCCAAACACCACAUCAGCAUCGCAGAGGUCUACGAGUCUGAACUGGUGGAUAUCGAAAAGGCUAUUGCACAUUAUGAGCAAGCAGCAGACUACUACAAGGGAGAAGAAUCAAACAGCUCUGCCAACAAGUGUCUGUUGAAGGUCGGCGCCUAUAGCGCUCAGUUGGAGCAGUACCAAAAGGCCAUUGAAAUCUAUGAGCAGGUCGGUGCCAACACCAUGGACAACCCGUUGCUGAAAUAUAGCGCCAAAGAGUACUUCUUCAAAGCAGCACUGUGCCAUUUCAUUGUCGACGAGCUUAAUGCUAAGAUUGCCGUUGAGAAGUACGAGGAAAUGUUCCCAGCCUUCUCAGACUCAAGAGAGUGCAAACUGUUGAAGAAACUUCUGGAGGCUCACGAGGAGCAGAACAGUGAAGCAUUCACAGAUGCAGUGAAGGAGUUUGAUUCAAUCUCGCGUCUGGACCAGUGGCACACCACCCUUCUGCUGCGCAUCAAAAAGACCAUCCAGGGCGAUGAGGGUGACUUAAAGUGAGCGAGGAAUUGGGGGUGAGGAUGGGGGCACCCAGGAC